AUGUCUGGGCGGAAAACGGCGCCACAUGGAAAGUUCCGCGUCAUCAACCUCCAUGCAGGUAGGUAGGAACCAAAAAACAAAACAGGUAGGAACUUACAUCAAACAGCAUUAACUGACACAGAGGCAGCUACAAGUACAUCAAAUGUGGUACACGGGAGGAUAAAAUACUGGACAAAUGCUAUGGCAAUGUGAACAAUGCAUACAUGGGCAAGGCCAAACCUCCAUUAUCAAAUUCUGAUCACAACACGGUGCAUCUCAUACCCACUUACAGAACUGCUCUCAAACACAGCAAACCACAAACCAAAACUGUCAUAAACUGGACCAGUGACAGCAUUGAAGCUCUCAAGGGAUGCUUUCUGUCAACUGAGUGGAGCAUCUUUCACAAGAUGGAUGUGAAUAAUGCUGCUGAGACUGUUAACUAUAUUCAGUUCUGCGUGGACAAUGUUAUACCUCAUAAAAAAGUAACUGUGUACCCAAACAACAAAAUCUACAUAAGCAAAAAGGUUAAAGAGUGUAUUUACCGUAAAAAGAUGGCUUUUAAAAGAACUCAACUGCAAGCUCAGGGAAGCAAGGAACAGACAUAAGGAAAUCAUUGAACAAAACUGUCAUGCUACGAACAUCAACAAGCUGUGGGACACUAUGAAAGCCAUCACUUAUAUGACCCCAGCCAAAAAGGGUAUUAGCACUCCUGAUGACCUGCAAAAAUCAAAUGAACUGAACAACUUUUUCACGAGAUUUCAUCUGAUUUGUCGACACCUCCCCCUGCCAUGCCACCACGCCCAGCUUGGCUGAUCUCGGUUCACCUCCGUGCGCCUCAGUCCACAAAAAUACCAAACUGGCUGUAUGCUGGGCUGCGCCAGACGAAAAUACAACUGCGCAGGACUCGCCGCUCUCCGUCGCCUCACUGGCGUACACGAAAAUAGAGCCCAUGGUGUUCAAUCACAAAGCCGUGGAUGACAUAAGACCGGUGGUCAUCCUCAAUGAACCCAUCACUCAGGUCAGAUCCUAUAAAUAUCUGGGAGUUCACAUUGAUGACACAUUCAGCCGGAGGGCCCGCGUGGAGAGUCUCUGCUCCAGACUGCAACAGUUCUUUCAGUCCUGCCCAGACUGAGAGUUUUUAGUGUCAAGCAGAAGGUCAUGCUGUUGUUCUACCAUGCUGUUGUGGGGAGUAUUAUAAGGUACGGAAUCACAGCUUGGUACGGUAACUUGUCCAUACAGCUGAAGACACAGUUAAACCGUCUGGUACAACAGGCAAUGAAAAUAAUGAAUGUUAAAAAUCACGCUCCUCUCCAAACUAUUUUCGAACAAUCCAUCGUGACACAAGCACGGAAAAUUCUGUCUGAUCCAACUCAUUGUCUCCAUGCAGAGUACCAUUUGCUUCCCUCUGGGAGGAGAUUCAGAGGCCCUGAUGCAGGCUUAACCGUUUUAAACACUCUUUUAUCCGAACAUCUGUUAAGAUCCUGAAUGCACAGAUGUAGUUGCGACUUCUCUCUUAACUGUCUUUUACACUGUCCUUUAUUUAUUUGUUUAUUCACUGGAACUGUGCAAUAAGGCCGUUUGAAUGUGAUGGUGACAGGUUGUGACUGUGGUGUGUUUGUAAAUGUUACUGUUCCUCUUACGACCGCAGACCCAUCAGAGAGUCCACGUUAAGUAUAUGAAAUGAAAUGAAAAAUGAAGUAAACAAUAACAGAGGCAGAGAGCAGCUUCAGAGGACAAGCAUCCAGCAGUGUGAACAACCUCUUUACAAUGAGUGUUUUGGCUCACACUAUUGGCGAUUUCUGUGAGUGUUGCAUGACCUUGGAUGAGCACAGACAUGAACACACUGUCAGCAAAGGCUGCGCAACAAAAAAUAACUAUGAAAAAAUAGGUCAGGAGAGUGAAUAGGAGAAAGGGAGUCAAAUGGCUAUUUGUUACAAAAACAAUAUAUCUGGAUGUUUUAUAGGUCUUAUUUGUAAAUAGUUAUUUUUGAAUUUUAGUUCAUGAGUGAGUGAAGAGGAAAAUACAGGAGAUGACCAACAACAUUCAAAAGCAGAAGAGGAGGCAUGACAAGACAAGAGGACAGCUCUGAAAUGUAUUCAAAGAGUGAGGAAGACAAAGGAGAGGAAGGAGUGAAGAGAAAGUAGGGGAAAAAUUGAACAGAAAUGGAAAUCACACAAAAACUUUGGGAGAAAGCAAAAGAAAGCAGAUGAAAAAAGGUCGAGAAUAAAAGAUUGAAGAACAGAGCAGUAAAGGACAACAGAGGUGCCAGCCAGAAUCAGAGGUAUAGCGGUAAAGAAAAAAGAUGCAUUUUAUUGUACUUUAUUUCACAUCUUUAGUUUAUGAUCAGUCUGAAUAACUAUGUGUUUUAUAUUUUCUUCUACAGUGGACAUGAGGCAUAUGUUCAUGACAUAAGACAGUGACUUCAACAAGGCUAGUGGUAGGACAUUUGCAUCAUUAAAAGGUCUGAAUUCUUAAGUGUUCUUCUCUGUGUCUUUUGCCGGCUUUGAAUUGGUGGUAAGUUGAAGUAAAAAAAAAAUGCUGUUUUGUGUGCGUGGUAGCAAAACAAGACAGAAUAAGUAAAUUGGCAUCCGCACCCUCAGGGCUAAGCCCCUGAUCGCCUAGGAGCCUAGAUCCACCCCUGCAUACACUAUUUUCACUGUCAAGGUUUAGGUUAAGAAGUGUCCUUAAUAUCUGAGUAGAAUUUAAAAAUUGAUCAUCUAUGUCAUGAAAAAGGAGGGCUGAGAAGGAUAAAUGUGUCACUCAAGUAUGAGUAUAUACACACACUCAAAAAGAGCAUUAUUCAUUCAGCAUGUCAUCAACCUUUAAACAAAUGCAUCCAGACUGAAAACAGUUUUUGUCCAACAUUCACUUAACAAACAAAAUAGACAUAACAUUUUUACAAGGAUAAAUAAUGUGAACAUAAAUGCAAUAAAAAAGCAAAGAAAAUAAAUCAGAAACAUGAGUAAUUUGUUUUGAGAUGGGAAUACAAUGACUUUCUGAAGUGAAGGUCAGUUCUGGGUCAAUCCAAAGUCCAAGAUAUUCAAAUGAUUCAACUUUAUCAACAGGAGAUCCAUGGGGAAAAUGAAUGUGAAAAUCAACUGGAUGAUAUCAGAGGUGAGAAACUGAAUAUCAUACUGCAGGACUUCUUUUUGUUCAAUACAAGUUUGUUCUUACUGAACCAGUCUUGAGGGAUCAGAUAUAUGCCCAUUAUUAAAUUGAAUCUGGUUAGAAGGUUUUUUUGUUAUUUCUGUUGAGAACACGAUUCAGUGAUUCAUUCCAAAACUGUCUUGGAUUAUGAAAAUUUGGGGACAAACCAUCUUUGUAGUAAUUGGACUUUGUGUUUGUGUUUACAUUCAUUUCUAAAUGAUUUAUACGUGUUCCAGUAAGAAGGGUCUCUAGGUGAGCGAUAUCUAGUCGAUGCUUUAUCCCUCUGUUUAAAAAGAGCAAUUAGUUCAGAAAUGAUCCAGGGCAAGUGUCUUCGACUCUAACAGUCUUCAGUGUGGCAUGCUUUUCAAUAACUUUGUUGAUUUCAGAAUACGAAAAGGUCCAAGCAUCUUAAACACAGGGAAUUAACUAAAAUCUAUCCCCAUUGAUAGAAAUCAAAUCAUGAAUAAAGUAAAAAGACUUUUUGAGGAUAAAAUCUGGUUUACAAAGAGAAAACAAUCCUAAUUAAAUAUCAAAUAAAGAACUAAAAGAUUUUUUUUAAAUGAAAUCAUUAAUAAUAAUAAUAAUAAUAAUAAUAAUAAUAACAACAAUAAUGAAAAUAAAUAGAAAUAGAAAAUAAACCUUAAGCUCACCACUUAUUGAUCAAAAAUUUUACUGAGCAAACUUCGGCUGUUGUCAGUCAUUUAAGUUCCAAACUAAAAGAGUUUUUGGUCAUUAUGAAUAAAUACCAGAGGAUCAUAAACAUACAAAGUAAUCAGGUGGCUUAAAGGAGUUCAGCUUGGACCAUUCUUGAUAAGGAUUGCUGUGUGCCUGUGUGUUAGUGUGUGUAGAUGUGUGUGGCAUGUGUAUGAAUCCUCACUGAAGUGUAUCAAGGUCUACAGGGACUGCAGCUGUGUGUUCAGUCUGACUGAGGGAGGUUUUUGUACGACACUUUUUCACUGUGUGAAGAGCUCAUACUUUGAAGAAUCAAAUACUCCUUGACAGUAGUAAACUGCUGCAUCUUCAGUCUGGACUCCAUUGAUGGUCAGAGUGAAACUAGAUCCAGAUCCACUGCCUGAAAAACGACUUGGAAUCCCUGACAUCCUCUCAUUGGUGCGGCGAAUGAGCAGCUUCUGGGUUUCUCCAUCCUUCUGUUGGUACCAGGCUAAAUAGUAGCCAUCGCUGUAUCUGUAAAGAUCCUGACUGGUAGUACAGCUGAUUUGUGCGUUUCCUCCCAGAGCAGAGCUCACUGCUGCAGGCUGAGUCACUGUGACCUGAAUUUUGGACUCUGAGAGACAAACACAGAAAGCACUGUCAUGUUUUUGUGGGCUUCAUUUCAGACGCACGGAUGUUCAUGGAGGAGAGGAGUUGGAUUCUCUGGACUUUACCCGUGAAGCAGCAGCAGAGGAGAGUCCAGAUGAGGACGCAGAUCACAGUCAUGUUUCUGAUGAGGAGGAUUUCUGUGGCUUCUGUUGUGAUGAAGGACAGCUGUCAGUCAUCCAGUCUUCAACUCUCAGGACUAUAAAGUCUCUCAGAGCACUGGAGCAUGCUGCUGCUCAUGCAAACUCACUCUCUAUGGAAAUACUCAGAUUAACUCGGACAGGGCCUUAGAUUAUAGAGAUGAUGAUGAUCAAUAAUGGAUCAAUAAAUUUAAUUACUGAUUGAUCAAAAAGCGUCCAUGACUUGUCUAAUGAUGGUUUAGGUUUGUUCUACUUUAUACAUUUAUUUAAAGAGAUUUCUUCAGUCUUCGCUCGAUGCUGAGGACAAUGACAAUGUAAACUAUUCAGUAAAUCAAUAAAGAUCUUCAAAAACUGGAUCAAUUCAAAUGUACAACGUUGAAUUCUCUGCUUUCAUUGGAGCUCAAAGGUCUUGCAGACAGACACACAUUUAGGUGACUUUGUUUGUGUCAGAGUCAGAGAGCCGUGUCUCUCUACAGUCAGAGGUUUUUGUACGGCCGCUUCAUCAGUUUGUAUCACUGUGGUACACGUUUGGUGGAGGAACCAGACUGGAUGUUGGAAGUAAGUCAAAUAUUCUUCCUUUUUUCAUUUUAGAGACUUUUUAAAAUCUGUAGGACAAAAGUCACUUUUUUUUUUUAUUUUAAAUUCUUUUUUUUUUUUUUUUUUUUAAACAGAAAAAUGUCACUUUGGAUUCAAGAGGUACUGAAGAAAAAGUAAUUUCAGAUUUUGAAGUCAGGCUUGUCUUUUACUACAAAUUUACUAUUUAAUCUUUUGACUUGAGCGAACAAAGUGACAUCCUGAGGGCUGGUAGGUUUAGUUCAGUCAGAGUCAGAGAGCCGUGUCUCUCUACAGUCAGAGGUUUUUGUACGGCCGCUUCAUUAGUUUGUAUCACUGUGGUUGACUUUUGGUGGAGGAACCAGACUGGAUGUUGGAAGUAAGUUUCUGUACAGUUUUUCAAUCUGAGUCUGAAGAAGUGUUUUUCAUGUUCAAUGCAGAUAAAUGUUGCUUGUUAGAUUAAACUGAAAGAAUGCUUUAAUUUCUCAUCAUUUACUAUGGAGGUGAGCCCAGGACAGCUUUACUGUUAGUUUUAGUUCAAGUUCAACAGGCUGAUGGUUGAAAGGCUCAUAUUAGGUAUAUGAACACCUUUUAAAAAUGCAUUUGAAAUUUGCACCAAAGUAAUAACUCUGAAGGUUUUUUUGUGAAUCAAGAUUUUCAACAAUUUGUAAAACUGAUCAGUUUAAAAUGAAAAUAUUCUCUGAAGUUUUUUAGUGUUUGGUGUCUAUUUUGAUUUUGAAAACUUUUUCCUCCUUUUCUGUUGAUUCAAAUUGACAUGACCAACACAGAAAUGUAGUUGGUAAAUAUUUGGGAUCAUGUCUGUCAUUUUCAGUUGGGUUUGUCAGUAUCUGAGCUCCUUCUGUGUGAUAAGAGUCUCUGUGCUGAUGUGCAUGAGAGGCUUCAUAAAGGGAAGUGAAACAAUGAGUGAGUGAGUGAGUGAGUGAGUGAGUGAGUGAGUGAGUGAGUGAGUGAGUGAGUGAGUGAGUGAGUGAGUGAGUGAGUGAGUGAGUGAGUGAGUGAGUGAGUGAGUGAGUGAGUGAGUGCUGGAGCAGAAAAACACAUCUGACACAAAGUUCACGAAGAAGAAAAUCAACUUUCAACAUUAAAGCUGUCCCAGUGUCUGCUGUUUGAUUGACAGCUGUGUGCUCCCUGUCCUCUAAGCUGAUUGUUGUCUCCUAGGUGAUGCCCGUCCCACCCUGACAGUGCUGCCCCCCUCCAAAGAGGAGCUGAAGCAGGGGACGGCCACGCUAAUGUGCCUGGCCAACAAGGGCUUCCCCUCAGGCUGGAGUCUGGCCUGGAAGGUGGACGGCAGCAGCAGCAGCAGCUGGGAGGAGAGCAGGAGCCCUGCAGUGUUGGAGAAGGACGGUAAAUACACCUGGAGCAGCACCCUGAGGCUCCCUGCAGACCAGUGGGACAAGGUGGGCUCUGUGACCUGUGAGGCCACCCAGGGCUCCCAGACUCCAGUCUCACAGACCUUGAGGAAAGACCAGUGUCCCCAGUAG